AUGGCUUUUUGGUCGCUCCUGUCUUUGCAGAUGCUGUUUCGAACCUGAUCUGUACCUUCUUCUAUCCCAUCGAUCCCCGGUUCCAAAAACCCUCCUUCGCUUGCCACGCAGACCGCGAGUCCAAUCGUGCCAUUUGUUCAAGAUGCACCCUCUCAGCUUCCGGCUUGCGGUGAUUGCCGUCUCGAUAGUCCUCACAUUCGUUUUCCUGCGGCAGUUUGCAACGGGCUCUAUCGAUGAUGUUUAUCAGUUUUCGCAGCCAGUGCUCCAAGAGAAUGGCGAAUAUGCUCCCAGUAUAACUUCACAGCAGCAGACCGAGGCUGCCAAAGAAGACACCAAGGUGGUCGAGAAAGUCUCUGAAGUAUCUGAAGCAGUCUCUGAAGCAGUCGCUGCCUCCGCAACACCCUCGGAAGAGUCGAAAGCCAUUGAGUCUAGUAGCUCUAAGGCUCUACAGAAAAGUCCUGAUGUCGGAAUCGUGUCCAUGUUAUACGGCACGCCAAAUGAGUACUACGUCAAGGCCAUCGAGACGCACGAACGCCACGCUGCUCGACACGGCUACCCAGCUCACGUCCUGCGCUCCAACGUCUAUCCCCUUCACAAUGGAAUAUGGAAUAAGCUCGCAUAUCUACUGCACCUGCUGGUGGCAGAACUGGAAAAGCCGGAAGAUGAGCGAACAAAGUGGUUGAUGUGGGUCGAUGCCGACUCGAUCGUUGUCAAUCCCGCUCUGUCACUCGACAUCUUUCUCCCACCCAAGGAUUUCUCGAAUGUACACGUCCUGGCCACCAAAGACAUGAACGGGUUGAAUGCAGGCAUUUUCUUCCUCCAUGUUCACCACUGGUCCAUACAAAUGGUCAUCAAAGCCAUUUCCAUCCCACAGCACCUCCCACAUUUUGGUCUUGGCUUCCUUGAGCAAACAGCACUCUACAAGACCUUUAACGACACUGAGUUCCGGGGGUCGGUCAUAUAUCAACCUCGCAUUUGGUUCAACACCUACGAGUUUCACCACGCCUACGAAGGCAAGCAUGGCGAUUUUCUCGUGCACAUGCCAGGUCUGGAGAAAGAUCGCUGGCCGCACAUGGAGAAAUGGCUGGACAUUGUUAACGGCCCCGAACAAGCUGAAUGGGAGAUACCGUACGAGGAGACUAGAUAUCCCAAGGAGACCAAGGACUACUGGAAUACCUUGAGAUACGUCAGGGCGGUGCUUGACUAUGCGGAGUAUCGAGCCAAGAAAGACUCUCUUGCAAAGGAUGUCAAGGAAGCCGUCGAAGACCUUCGUGUGACAUACACAUACGCCUCAGACGCCUACAAGAAGUUGCGGGAGAGGGCAGAAAAGGUGCACAAAAUGUUUGAGGACCAUACAGGUAACGGAACCGAGGACGCAAACCGUGUACUCAAGCAGCUGGGCCAAUGUCGUGAUGAUCUUCUGGGUUCGUCUGAGUCGGACACCAACCCCAUGCAAGGUUCCUGCCGUUUUGAGUUGGCCAAGUGAAGCCAUGCACAAUUUCUGGAUGAACGAUAGUGGUUAUUGACCCAUUCCACAAUGAUUUAUGUUCACCGAACAAGGCUGCGAUUGAGUCCACGCCAACCCAGGUCGACCACGGCACAGCACCAAAUCCUAUACGCCUGAAGAGCACAAGAAGAGUUGUGCGACAGCCUGAAGACCUACGCGUCAGUCUCCAGUCACCUGCUAUGGCUGCCCAGUUUUGCGGCUUCGGCAA